UUCGCAUGUUAAACCGUCAAGUUGUGUGCGCUUUGAAGUGUAAGUGAUUAUUAAACUAUUAUAUUGUCACGAUUAAAUUAAACAUUAAUGAACAACUGCAGUACAAGUGCAUUGUGAUGCAAAUAACAACAACACAAACCGGUCUGGAAAAAAUCUCCCCAAGCUAUAAACGCUUAAAAGUUAAGACCGUGCUGCUGUAUAUAGUUGAAGAUUCCGCGAUUCACGAAAGUAUUGUGUUUGACUAACGGCAAAAACGAUUAGAAAUUUUUCGAAAAUAAUUCAAAACGUCGGUUCUUAUAAACCUUCACUCAACCAAGUCCAACAGAUAUGAGUAGUCCAUCCACUGAUUGCUCUAGCCCCAGUGCUGUGACUAUAUCUCCACGCAUAAUUAUGCAUUCAUGUUCGUCAGAUGCGGCAAGUACAACCACAGUGGCGUGCUCGGAAGAAUCCUUAAAUAUCUUUACGCCAUCACCUUCCACGGACUCUGCAACAUCGGGCAUAUACUGUGACGGAACGCAAAGUUUGCUGGACUUACCAACAUCACCGACUACAAGACAAGAAAGUCUACAAGAAGAGGAAGUUACUUUAACCACAGCACAUUCUACACACUACAGAUUGGCUAGAGCGGAUCUACUAGAGAGCGAAGAACAAUGUAACAUUUUACGGCAACGUAUUACAGAAUAUGAAAUUAGGAAUUUCAUGCAGGUGUCUAAAAGUCCGGAAUUCUUUGAUUUCAACGUCGAACACUUGCAGCGUUUAGUGGAGCAUGACGAUUUGAAUGUGAGCGCUGAGGCGGAUGUCUUCUGGGCCAUACGGCGUUGGUAUAAAUAUGACGAAGCGGCACGAAGGUGCCACUUAUCCGAUUUGGUUGCUUGUUUACGGCUAACACAAUUUGAUAUCGACUUUAUAUACUCGCAUAUCAACAGCCUACCCGGUUGUGAGCUACUGGUGAACAAGGCAGUAGAAUGGCUGCUACGACCUUGCGCACGUGGUACAAUAUCAUUGUGCUAUACAAAACCCCGCAAAGCGCUACAAACUGAAGAUGAAACCUAUUGGAUCGUAGUGCAAACACGUGGAGAUGUACAUAGGUUCGCGGACAAAUGCAUACUCCGUUACAGCAAAGCUCUUAAUGAGUGGCAGAAGUGGAUCGAAAUAAAACUGGAACGCAGCAACUUUGCCGUAGUUCAAUUGGAAAAUAGUAUCAUCUGUAUUGGUGGCUUAGGUCGUAAUACCAAGCCGAGCAAUCAUGUUAAUCGCUAUAAUUUGAAUACACAAGCUUGGGAGCCAAUGCCAUCGAUGGAGCAGCGUCGAGUUUACAUGAGUGUCACGCUGUUGGACGGCAAAAUAUAUGCCUUCGGUGGACAGGAUGAAAAAUACCAAGCUCUGAACUCUGUGGAAGUAUUCGAUACAAUCGCCGGACGCUGGCAGACUAUAGCUAGUAUGUCUGUUCGUCGAGCCGCCACGGCUGCUGCAGUUUUGGACGGCAAACUCUAUGUGAUUGGUGGCUUUAAUCGAGCACAUUUACGCACAGUGGAACGGUAUGAUCCAGUGAAAAAUAUUUGGACUCAAUGUGCGGAAAUGAAUGAGGCACGCGGUUGGCCAGGAGUAGCCGUGCACAAUGAAUAUAUUUAUGUGAUCGGCGGUUGGUUCAACGGCGCAUUGCGAACGGUCGAACGCUACAGUUUGUCGGCUAAUAAAUGGACGACGAUAUGCUCUUUGAAUGUGGCACGUGGUAGUAUUUGUGGACUGUCUAUGAAUGAGGCACUCUGGGCGGUAGGUGGCUACAGCGAGGGUGUACUUAGGGACACUGUGGAGGUUUACGAUGACGAAAAUGAUAAAUGGCUGGAACAGAAAAUGUUACCAGAAGCUGGGCGAUAUGUGCGCUAAUUAUUGUAAAUUAGUGUGUUCAAACACAUGUGGCAGCCCUGUAAAACUAUUUUUAGGUGUUCGCAAUUCAAAAUAAUUCAAAUUCUUUAGACAAAAACUAAACAGGGUUUAAAAGAAAUUUUUUUUGUGAUAUUAUAUGGCAACCCUAUUAAUAUUUUUUUACAUUUUAUAUUUUGAAAUUAUGUGACCGGCAAUAAAAAUAUACAUAUAUGUAUGAGAAACUAAAAA